AUGGCACCCACAGAGGAGUCGAUUCUGGAGAAUUUUCUCCUCGCUCCAGCCCCUCUGCCGACAGUAAUGUCAUUGCAAAAGUUUACGGAAAUGUUUCCCAAGCGCCUGAGAUCUCAUCCUCAUAUCAGGACUCUAUAUCGGGAACUUCAACAGGUCCGAGAACAGGACAUGGACCGAGUGAACGAAAAUAUUGACUCUGAGAUCAAGCAAGGCGAGCAACAAAGAGCUGAACUGCGAAAAGCCACUCAAGCCCCAGGCGUGGAAGCUUCAAACGCCGAAGAGCAGCGCGAAAUGGACCUGGAUGUGCAUCUUUUUGGUCAGGCCCCUACAGCCCCGGGGGACUAUCACUCAGUCGCUAGUCUAUUGGCUGAAAUGGAGGCUGCUGGUGCAAUUAUUGAGCAUGAAAUUGCUAGCAUUGAUGAGGAGGCAGCGAGCAUCCUGGAAAAGCUCCAGACGACUGUCGGUGACAUGAGUGAUCUUCGAUACGGCAAAUUGCAAGGCCCUGCAGGAACUGCGGAAGAUAUGGCCAGUCAGGCUAUCCAGGGCUUGCAGAACCUGGAAGACGUUUGCUACAGGAAGAGCACUUCAUGA